UUAACUCACUUAUCAAAGUACCCAAAAAAAAAAGAAACAUCACACACGCGCUGAUAAAGAGAUUGAAUCCUGAUACAUAAAUAAUAGGUGGGCUUAAUGCAGAGAAUAAGAGCUACCAAGAUCUUCCCUUACCUUUUGACCAACUCUACCAAAAGUUUCACAGCAAAAUCUUCUCAUUUAAUUCCGCUACUUCCAAACAGAUCUUCUCUUGCUCCAUUUUCCAGAGAUCAUAUAAAUAAUAGUUCAUUCCUGAUUCAAUCCAAGCCGGCUUCCACAGUUUCCUUAGCUUUUGCAAAAGAAACCAUGCCGAAAAGUCAAGUUGACUUACUUAAGGCAGAUGAGGAUUUACAUGGCGGGGUUUGUGUUGAGUUGAAAGAAGCUAUGGAUUCCCAGGAAUUUUCUAUUCGGCUUAGUGCUUCUUUGUCUCAAUGGAGGCUACAAGACAAGAAAGGUGUUUGGAUCAAACUGCCUAUUUCGCAAUCUAAUCUUGUUGAAGCUGCUGUGAAGGAAGGAUUUAAAUACCACCAUGCUGAACCAGAUUACUUAAUGUUGGUCAAAUGGAUUCCUGAAAUUGCUGAUACUCUGCCUGCAAAUGCUUCCCAUCGAGUUGGGAUCGGUGCUUUUGUCAUGAACGAUAAUAGAGAGGUGCUUGUUGUUCAGGAAAAAAAUGGUAAGUUUAAAGAUUUGGGUGUCUGGAAGUACCCAACUGGCGUUGUAAACGAAGGCGAGGAUAUUUGUGAUGCUGCAGUUAGAGAAGUGAAAGAAGAGACAGGAGUUGACACAGAAUUUGUGGAAGUUUUAGCAUUUAGGCAAAGCCAUAUGUCGUUCUUCAACAAGUCUGAUAUGUUCUUUGUUUGCAUGUUAAAACCUCAAUCCUUCGAGAUUCAGAAGCAGGUUGUAGAAAUUGCUGAUGCGAAGUGGAUGCCAGUUGCAGAGUAUGCAGCCCAACCAUUUAUCCAAAACCAUGAGCUCUUCAGUUUAGUUUCGAAAAUCUGCUUGGCAAAGACAGAUUCCAAUUAUAGCGGCUUUUCUGGACGGGCUACAACUUCAUCUUCUGGAAAAACAACACAUUUGUACUUCAACCAUCAGUAUUGUGACAAUAUACUUAGUUUGGAUAUUUCACACUAAUGUAUCUCAGUAUAGGACAAUUAUGCCACAAUGGUCUAUACCUCUUCAACAGUUAAUUCAAGAUUGCAGAAAUAACAGAAUAAACUCUCAUGUUUAUAAUGUAUUAUAGAUAUUCAUUUCAUAUAAAUUUGUAUUUUCAGUUAUAUUUUCAGCUUUA